UUUGAGCACUAGCUCAGAAACAAAGCAAAAAAAAGUUCGACAGACUAUUUGAUUCAAUCUUCUAUAUUUCACAUUGUUGCAAGUCCACAUUUCCUGCAAUGGCCGCUCAGAAAAGCAAGAUCUUGAUCAUCGGAGGCACCGGCUAUAUAGGCAAGUUCAUUGUCGAAGCGAGCGCAAAGGCUAGCCAUCCCACCUUUCUUCUUGCUAGGGAGACCACAGUCAAUGACCCUGCCAAGGGAGCUCUCAUUCAGAACUUCAAGAACUCGGGGGUCACUUUGCUCUAUGGGGAUCUUUAUGAUCAUGAGAGCUUGGUGAAGGCGAUCAAACAGGUCGAUGUGGUGAUAUCAGCGGUGGGCCACAUGCAGAUAGCAGAUCAAACCAAGAUCAUUGCGGCCAUCAAAGAAGCUGGUAAUGUCAAGAGAUUCUUCCCCUCGGAAUUUGGAAACGAUGUGGAUCGUGUACAUGCGGUUGAGCCAGCAAAAUCUGCAUUUGCAAUGAAAGCCCAAAUCCGCCGCGCUAUAGAGGCUGAGGGGAUACCCUACACUUAUGUCUCCAGCAACUGCUUUGCAGCCUAUUUUCUGCCCACGUUGGCACAGCCAGGAGCCACUUCUCCGCCCAGAGACAAAGUCAUCAUCUUAGGGGAUGGAAAUGCAAAGGCAAUCUUCAACAAGGAAGACGACAUUGGCACCUAUACGAUCCGAGCGGUUGAUGAUCCAAGAACACUGAACAAGGUCCUCUACCUCAAGCCUCCUAGAAACAUUUACUCCUUCAAUGAACUGGUUGCCUUGUGGGAGAAGAAAAUUGGCAAAGUUCUUGAGAAGGUCUAUGUUCCAGAGGACAAACUCCUCAGCGACAUUCUUGAGGCUCCAAUUCCGAUCAAUGUGAUAUUGGCAAUCAACCACUCUGUGUUCGUGAAAGGAGAUCAUACCAACUUCGAGAUCGAGCCGUCUUUCGGAGUCGAAGCCUCCGAGCUGUACCCGGAUGUUAAGUACACCACUGUGGAGGAGUAUCUCGACCAAUUUGUUUAAGCAUUAUUAGAUUGCUGAUUAAGAUGUUUGCUAAAUAAAAGUACUAGCUAGCAAGCUUCUUGUGCGAGCGGAAGAGCUGUUGUGCUUUCUAAUUAUAAUUGUUGUAUGUUUUCUUUUAUGAGGAUUUGUACUAAGCUUGAAUUCACCUCUUGGAUUGUUUCGGAAGCCAAA